CAUACAUACAUUUGUACAAACAUAUAGCAGAAAAAAAAUAGAGUAAAUUAUAACGGUUUAACUGUGAGAUUUACACGACAAUUGUGAGUGAGCUUGAUUUAACUGUUUGUUUGUUUGUUUAUUCGUUUCUAUAUCGUCGUCUAUCUUCAAUAACAUCUGUGUGCGUGUGUGUGUUUUUGUGAUUUUGUUUGUGUGUGAAAAGUAGAAAAAACAACAAAAAGGCAACAACAAAAAGUAGUAAGACAAAAAAAAAAGCACUAAGCACCAUGUUCGCUGUAAUGAGAAUCGACAAUGAUGACUGCCGGUCGGACUUUCGUCGCAAGAUGCGUCCGAAGUGUGAGUUCAUUUGCAAGUAUUGCCAGCGGCGUUUUACCAAACCGUACAAUUUAAUGAUACACGAACGUACCCACAAAUCACCAGAAAUCACAUAUUCCUGUGAGGUCUGCGGCAAAUAUUUCAAACAACGUGAUAAUCUCAGACAACACAGAUGUAGUCAGUGUGUCUGGCGAUAAAUUCUCUUCUCUACUAUAUAUAUUUUGUUGUAAAGCACCAUGUAUUUUUUUUAAAAAUAAUUGUCACCACUUAUUUACCACGCACUUUACAUAUGUAUACAUAAACAAACACAGCAAAAACAACAACAACAAUAAUAAUGAUAAAAAACAACAACAAUAAUAAUAAACACCUUUAAGUAUUUCACAAUAAUUUUGGAUAAAAAAAAAACAUAAAAAAAGAUAAAUAGUUUAUACUCUAAGUAAAAUCAACCUAAAUGCACUAUUUUACUACACUACAUACAAUAUAAAAUCAAAACCCCCAGCACCCACAACAACACAUAAACAACAAUAUGUCAAAAAAAAGAAACCCAUUUAAAAGAAAGCAUAAACAACAACAACAACGCCUUGCAUGCCUGUUUAUAUCUCGAAUGAAGAUGAAUCGAAACCUGGUUCAAUACCCACCAACUUACCACCUUGGUGGCUUUGUUAACUACAUACAAGUAUUUUGCUGUUUGUAGAAAUUAAUAGAGAAAAGCUAAUCUAAUGGUGACAAACCUGAUGAUCAUGAUGAAGAUGAAUAUGACGUUGCUUAAGGUGGGUGGUGGUUUGUUAUUCUAAACCAUGGGUGAAAGUGUGUUGUUAUUUUUUUUUUUGGUUUGAUUUUUAUUUCAUCUGUCAAAAGGUGAUGGUUUCAUUUGACAACAACACUCUGUUGAUGACAUAAAGUCUCACAGGGGAAUAUAUAUUGAUGGCUUUAAGAGGGCGUUUAUUAUGGAUGUUUUAUGGCUUAAAAACACUUGGUUACACAACACACGCUUAAAAACUAUGUAUAUACUGUCUGCGAAGAAUACUAAAUCAAUAUAAUAAACACAGCAAUAUCUCCCAUAUACAUCUUAAACAUUAAAAACAAAAACCCAUUUAAAUCUUCUUUGAAUAUUUACACAAAUAUUCCUAAAGCAAGACAUUAAAAAAUAAAGAAAAAUCAACUGAAAAAAUAUAAAAAUAAUGCGCAGGCGCAUUAAACCAUCUACAAACAGCAAAAACAACAAAAUAAAUAUAAAUAAAAUUUGAAAAUAAUUUGUUUACAGAACCAUACAUCCAUAACCAACAACAGCAACAUCAUCUGCCUGCCUGUUAAUAUUAAAAUCCCCCCGCAAUAGAAACCUGAUCCUCUCCACUAAACAUUAUCUUUACAUUUACAACAUUAUCCCUACAUAAUAAUGACAUCCAACCAGAUUUAGGUUGUUCAAAAAAAAGCUGCUAAAAAUCUUGCCUGUAUUCUUUUAAAUAUGUAAUAAUAUAAUAAUAAUAAACAUACAUAUAUUUAUAUACAAACCCCACAAAAAUUAUAAAAACAAACAAAAAAAAUAAAAUAAAAUAAAAAUAAUUAUAAAUAUAAAAAAGUAUUACUGUUGAUAUGUACAUUUCUUUUACUACAUAACAAUUUCUCUCCCCUAUAAAUUUCCGUUUUCCCCUUUAUACUUUUCCCAAUACUCCUACAAUUGGUUUUACUAUUUUAUUUCAUUUCUCUAUUUUUAUAAUAAAACAUUCCUCUUUCUCUGUCAACUUUUAGUAAUUAAUAUUGAAUUAUUAUUUCUUUUUAUAUAAUUAAGUUUUUAAUUUUAAUUGUCAUCACAAAUAAAUAAAUGAAUAAAAUAUUAAAAUAAAAAACAUAAACUACACAAAUGCCUUAAUAAAUAUUUAAACAAAUCCUUAAAUUUGUUUAGGUUUCUUUAAAAAAAACAAUACAAAUAACAAAAAAACAAUAAAAAUUAUACUUUAACCUUAAAAAAAUAAAAAGUUUAAUACAUAACUAAAAUAUACAUUCAAAGUGUCUAUAGUAAUGUUAAUUUUAAUUUUUACUUUAAUUUUAUUAUUAUUAUUAUUUUCUGUUUAAUUGUAAUAAGUUUUCAUUUUGUAAAUUUUAUUAUUUAUAAUUAUUUACUUAAAUUCAAAAUUUAAAACAUUUUAAAAAUAAUAAAAAAAAUCCAAAAAAAAAA